CACCAUUUCGCCGCCGCCCAGCACGGAGCGUGGCCGCCUCUCAUCAAGCGAAAGCAGCCGAUUCCGCCGCGCGCCGCCGAACCCCUCCUCAAUCAUUCCCCACCAACCAGCCAUAGCAACCGCCCCCGUGCCCGAUUUGGCCGCGGGCGAUCGCUAUGCGGUGAUGCCGCCGCCGCCGCCGCCCUGCCCCGCCGGCGCGGGCGUGCACGCGGCCUGGACGCCGCGGGCGCUGGCCGGGGCCUUCCUCGACCUCGCAAUCGUCUACGCCUUCCUCUGCGCCGCGGCGGCCGCCUCCGCGGCGUCCGCCCUCCUCGACCUCCUCCUCGGCCUCCCGCUGCCCUGCACCUGCUCCCGCCCGCACCUCCCCUGCCUCUUCGGCUUCCUCGCCCGCUACCCCGCCCGCGUCCUCCACUCCAUCGCCCUCUCCCUCCGCUCCCGCUUCCCCUUCGCCUCCGUCCCCACCUCCUCCGACGAUGACGACGAAGAGGACGAGCUCGUCGACGCGCAAGAGGACGACGUCAGGGAUCUGAACCGCGAAGCGGCGGCGGACCAGCAGCGGCAGGAAAACGUGCGCUCGGCGCUGCAGCAGGAGCUGGACAAGGAACGGAGCGCGGCGGCGUCGGCGGCGGAGGAGGCCAUGGCCAUGAUCCUGCGCCUGCAGAAGGAGAAAUCCUCCCUCGAGAUCGAGGCGCGCCAGCAGCGCCGCACCGCCGACGAGCGCUGCGCCUUCUACGAGGACGAGGUGGAGGAGCUCAGGGACAUCCUGCUCAUGCGGGAGCGCGAGGCCCGAUCCCUGCAGAAGGAGGUCGAGUCCUACCGCCGCCUGCUCGGCCUAUCCGUCGACGGCGACGACGACGACGACGGCGACGAGGUGAUGAUGACGCCGCACAACUUCUUCUCCGAGGGCGAUCCCAGCUCGUCCAGGUCGGCCGCCAACGAUUCCGCGUUUAGCACCGCGAGGAGGCCCUUCGUGCGCGAGGAAUUGCUGUCGCCCAUUCGCGUCACGCAUCCCCUGGGCGGGUACCAGGACACUUUGCCUGUUCAAGUUCCUCCUCUGGGGGAACAAGCUCCUCCUCCUCUGCUCGGAUCCAAAUUGGAAGAUGAUGGCGCGGACACUGUGGUCAUCCUCCCCCUCUCCGCCCGGAGCUUGGAUUUCCCCGUGUCUGCUCGAAGCCUGGAUCAAGGUGGUGAUGUUGAAGUUGAUGCUGCAGCUGGUAUCAAAGCUAUGGAAGCGCUGACUGCUGAUGAAUUUCAGGAGGCGCGUGUUGACAAGAUUUGCCAUGAUUUCGUGCCAACUGAGAAUGAUGCAAAUGUCUUCGAUGUCCAUGUUGUCGAUGAUAUUUGCUUCACUACUGAAGUUAAAGGCCUGAUCGGCCGAAGCUUCUCAGACGCAGCAAUGCAAGCAGACAAGUUGCAGAACCGAGCUGCCGCAGAUGAUCUCUUGGGUAAAAGUCUGAAUGCGAUUAAAGGUGCACAAGACAAGAUAAGGCUUGCAGCAAAUGAAAGAAGGCAAUCGUUACAGUUGCAGCUCUUGGAGGAUAUAGCUGACCAACUUCAAGAUAUCAAAGAUGCUGCAGAUGCAGGGCGGAACUUGCACUGUAUUUCUCCUAAAAGUUCAAAAAAAAUCUAGGACAGGACAAUUUUGCGACGGCAACACCGACGAUACUGUAAAUAUUUGUCUCUUUAACCCUUUUCAGUCCCUUCUGUUGUAUUGGUAAUGUUUGUUUGUUCUUUUCAAUAAAAUAUGUGGGUUGUUGAUGAUGUAAAUGUAGAGGUUGAUUCAUUGUUUGUUUGUAAAGUUGUAAUCAUCAGUUUGUUUUAAACGGAUUGUAUGUUCUCUUGGAAUAUGAUUGUGUGCUUCGUGUGCAGAUAAAUGUAUUGU